AGUUGAAGAAUAGAGGUUCUCCAGAUUCUUCAUUGAAAGAGGGUCUCAGAUCUAUGUGAUACCCAGUUUCCUCUCAGAGCCAGAAACAGAAGAGAGGGGAAUAUGGAGUACUGGGCAGUGACAGAAUAACAGCCUCUCGGAGUUGAUCGCAAGUCUGCUGCAGGUGUCGCAGGGGCCUGUCCCGUAGCCUCUUGUUGGUCUGUUGUUCUCCUCAUACGGAUCCUCUGCUGCUUACACAGCACUAGAUGGGCAUCACUAACGGACACAAUUUAUGCGUCUAUAAGCACUGCAGCGUUGGUGCUUGUGAGGUUCCUGUUGCCUGCAAAUCCUGCCCUUGUGGAUACAUAUUUAUUAGCCGAAAGCUUUUACAUGCCAAACAGACGGGAAGACGUCCUCCAACUUUAGAAAAUAGGUCUGACUUCAAAAGACGGAGGACUGAGAGAGUGAAAAGAGAGAGAAUAAACUCCACCGUAAGUAAAGACUUGGAAAAUAGGAAAAGGUCACGAUCGAACAGUCAAUCAGAACUUGGUAGACGUGGGAGAGGACGACCAAAAACCACAUCCAUCAAAAAACAGGAAGAUGAAAAAGAAAAACAGGAGAAGGAAGUCGAUAUGUAUGCCAACCUCUCAGAUGAAAAGGCUUUUGUAUUUUCAGUAGCACUUGCAGAAAUAAACAGAAAAAUUAUCAAUCAAAGGCUUAUUCUCUGACUACCUGAUCUGAAAAACGAAGGUCACUUUUGCUUACCAAACUGAGGCCCCAUGGCUUUAUCAGUAGGGAACCGUUAUCGGUGAAUUUCAUUUCUCCAGAGACUCAAGAAUCUUCUGCACUAAGGACUGCUUUUUCUACCUUUGUGAUGCAGCAAUAUUAUCUUUUAGACACAUCUAUUUCUUUUAAACACCCUGAUUUAAAAGAUUUAUAGAAAAGGAAUUCAUAUGAACAGUCUGCCACGGUAGUUGUAUUUAAAUGCUUGAGAAAAUAAAUAUAUUAUAUUGCAAAGUUUUUAAAUUAAACAAAAAUAUUAUGCCUGGCACAUGUACAGUUUAUAUUAAUCUUUAUAUUAAACAGGUGUUAUUAUUCAUGA